AUAUUUUUGAUUGAUCAGUAAAACACGUGGCGUCUUUUCUAACUCCGCCAAUUCCAACAUAUCUGUAUUUGACCAAUGCUAGGGACGAUCAGAAAUCUUUUAGCGUCGAGCGCACUCCGAGAUCGUCUUUAAGCCGCGUUGCCUUUCAAUAGGAAGCAAGUGUUUCUGGCGAGUGUGUUGAUCACCAGGUGUUACGAAAAGAGCGGCCACAAAUUAACCAGAACAGGGAAGACGCAAUAAGUAAUUUCACGGGAAGACACGCAUACCUAUCUUUCUAUGGAUCUUACGAACAUCAUUUGCCUUGUGUUGUCAACAUUUACCAUCCACUUCUCAAUAGCAGACGACAGUACGUCGUUACAAAGCGCAGCCAAACCUUCUGCGGACGUUCACAGCCCUUUGGCCUCUGAUGGGGGUGCUCUUGAUAAAAGGAAAUGGUCCAAUUUCAAUACAUGGGGCAAGCGAGGAUGGAUGAAAUUUGGCACAUGGGGUAAACGCUGGCACAAGCCUCUGUCACCCUGGGGAAAGAAGUGGUCUUCGUUUGCGACCUGGGGUAAGCGCAGUGGUGACGACAGUGACAGCCAGAACUUACAGAACGAGCAGAAGCGAACGUGGAAUCAGUUUAUCACGUGGGGCAAGCGCAACUGGAAAGCGUUGGCUACAUGGGGCAAGCGAUCGGCCGACGAACACACGAACUGGAAUACCAUGCCCACCGACGAAAAGCGCAAAUGGAAUGCGUUGGCUACAUGGGGCAAACGAUCGGCCGACGAACACACGAACUGGAAUACUAUGUCCACCGACGAAAAGCGCAAAUGGAAUGCGUUGGCUACAUGGGGCAAACGAUCGGCCGACGAACACACGAACUGGAAUACCAUGUCCACCGACGAAAAGCGCAAAUGGAAUGCGUUGGCUACAUGGGGCAAACGAUCGGCCGACGAAAAAACGGACUGGAAUACCAUGUCCACCGACGAAAAGCGCAAAUGGAACAAAUUCGCGAGCUGGGGAAAACGGAGUGAUGUUGAUAUUGAGGACACGUUGAUCAAGUUAUUUGAUGAAAACCAUAAUGGCGAGCUGAAUAUUGUGGAAUUCGGCAACUUUCUCACCUGGCUUAGUUCCAUAAACAAAGCUGCCCAAUAGGCCAGCAAAGGGCGACUGUGUUGACCACAGUUAAAUAACUAAAUCGAAGACUUGUUGUCAAAGACCAACUUUGUCACUGCACAGGAACUGUUACUCUAACCUUGAUCGUUCUUUGGACUACGCUACGAAUUGACCACCAACUAAAAAUAUAGCAGGCAAGCUUUUACACAAAAGGAACUAUCGUACAUGUGCCGCCAAGGAUCAAAACGUUCACCUCCGCAAAUGCAUGCGUUUUCCUUUUUCCUUCUUUUUGCUUUUAUAAAUUCCCGAAACUUACGUUUAACGGUUAUUUUCAAAUAUCCGAAAACAUUCAUUUGUACCACAAGAGCAAAAUAAUAUAUUACCUAUAUAAGCCACAACAGAAUAUUUCUGUGAUUCUUUACUGUCAAUGUUUAUUGACAACGUAUUUUAUUAUUUUUGUUUAGGUUUUUGGGCGCAAUAGUUUUAUACACAAUAAAAAAAAGCAAAAAAAAAAAAAAAAGAGAAGCAAUUGUGUGAAACAAAGGUGGAUUUUUUAUAAAACUACGAUACUUAUUUAUUUAUAGAGUAUUUUGUUAUAUAUGAAAAAACAUAUAUUGUUUUACAAAUGGCAAGGUUACGUUUUGACUGGUUAAUGGGAAAAUACACAUGUGAAAUGAACAUCAUACAACGUAUUAACGCACAUGGUAAAACAAAAUUGUUGCUCCUGCAUAUUAGAUUCUGUAAUAUACAAUGUUAAUUGGCAUAAGCAAUAAACUGCAUACUCUAUCAUA